AUGGGAGCCAACACGUCCAAGCCGGCAGCCCCUGAAUUUGUGGACAAGCGCCUUGAACAGGAGACCCUCGUGGAGCAGGCCAAGGAGUUGGCCGAUAGUUUGGCCACAUUGGAUUUGAACGGUGUACCUACGAGUCCUUAUGGGUCACUAGAAUCAGGGCUGUUCAAGCAGAUCCCGUCUUAUCCUUAUCGCGAACAAUUAUUUCGCACACCGACAUCAACACGUCUCUCCUCCGGAGGGCACCCGUGGUUGAUGACACAUUCAUCUUCAACACUACACUACCCUACAAGACCAACCCAAUCACAAACCAACUGUCAAGUGGACGCUGCUGGCUGUUCUCCACCACAAAUCCAGAGCUACCUCUUCUUCUACGACAAGCUAGAAAAGGCCAACUAUUACCUCGAAAAUAGCAUGGAAUUGGCGCAACGAGAUUUGGAUGAGCGACUGGUGCAGUACUUGAGCCUGGCCCCACUCAACGAUGGUGGUCAAUGGGAUAUGGCGGUCAAUCUCCUCGAGAGGUAUGGUGUGGUGCCGCAGCCUAUUUACCCCGAGUCGUACUCGUCGUCCAACUCGGGCCGCAUGGACCGCCUCCUCACUACCAAAGUACGCGAGCACGCUCUCCGACUGAGAAAGCUCGACCAAGCUCUACGCGCCACGGAAUGGUACGUCCGUCUUGCUGGUGAAGGCCAGACCGACAAAGCGGAUGUGGCGAGGAUCGCGGUGUUGCGCAAGAAAAAGGAAGAGUUCAUGCGCGAGAUCUACAACAUCCUUACCAUCUGCCUGGGUGUCCCUCCGUCUCCCAAUAAACCGUUUACGUGGGAAUAUUAUGAUAAGGAUGAAAAGGCCAAGUCGUGGACGGGCACGCCUGUCGAGUUUUACAAGGCGUUUGGGGAGAGUGGGAAGAAUAAGCCGACGGAGGCGUUUAGUUUGAUCAAUGAUCCUAGGAAUGAGUAUGGCAAGCUUUAUACUGUGGAUCGAUUGGGCAAUGUUUGGGGUGGAAAGACGGUGCGCUAUGUCAACACGACGAGCGAGAAUAUGAAGGCAGCUGUCGUAAAGUGCAUUCGUGGUGGUCUUCCUGUAUUCUUUGGCUGUGAUGUUGGACAAUCGUCUCAGUCGUCGUUGGGAAUCAUGGACACUGGGAUCUAUGACUACGAGAGGGCCUUUGGCAUCAAACUAGAGUCGUCGAUGACCCAUGCCAUGGUCAUCACGGCUGUGCAUCUCGAUGGAGAUGGAAAGCCUGUCCGAUUCAAGGUUGAGAAUAGCUGGGGUGAAAACGUUGGUGAUAAAGGCUUCUUUGUCAUGACCUCGAAAUGGUUCGACGAAUUCGUCUAUCAAGUGGUCACUCCUCGUCACUUGGCCGAGAAGGAAUUCACCGAUGUUUUGGACAAUGGAGAGGCUCAUGUCUUGCCUGCUUGGGAUCCAAUGUACCAGAUGGUGGCUACAUAUGAGGAAGGAUUGCUAUUUGGAUUCCGCUUCCAUGUGACUCGUGGCGACUUUUGGGCCCGUGCUAUCGCUUGGGACCAUCGGCAGGAAUUUCGUAGGCUUUCUUGGUCUGCGCUUGAUGGUGGCAGCGCGAGCCAGAACUGGUCAAUUCACGGGAUUGCAUGCACAACUGUACUCCUCCCAGUUAUCGGCCCACAAUGGGCGCUAUCGUCAUUUCAAGUCAUCCAGUAUGCGGCCAGUGUAUUCGAUGCACCCAGAUAUAUCUAUCAGAGGGCCCUGCGUCAAGAUUCCCUCUUAAACCCCUCCCUAAAUCUCUCACUUGGAUCCCUUCCCCCUUUUGCCACAGCAAGAGAACAUCAUUCCGAACACCUGUCUUUCAUGGAUUCUAUACCUCCCAAGUUUAAGAAGGUAUGGAAGUCGAAAUACUUUUCGUCCAAGAAGUUGGCGCCUGCGUCUGCAGAGGCUGUCGUCGUCCCGACUGAGGAGUCGAAGAGCGUGAUCACGGAUGAUACACAAGAGACCAAAGUCAAAGAUGACGCCAAGUCUAUUGCUGAAGAGAAGGAGUCGAUUGUGCAGCUUCUGAAUGAGGAUGAUGUCGAUCUGGGUGUUAUACCCAGAUUGAGGAAAAUGCCUCUGAAGGAAGACGCAAAAGAAGAUGCAAAGAAGGGUGUGGAGAAUUAUGACAACGAAAUCGCUGAGAAGGACGAGAAAAAAGACCCGAAAGGAGAUGCCAAAGAAGAG